GUACUCUUCACCCGUCGUCGUCGUCGUCUCUUUGUUAUGAUUUUGAAUUUCGCGAUCGUACCUUUGGUUUCUUAUCUCAUGAAUUCCACCCUGCUGAAACAUUCCGCACUGCGGUUCCGGGGAGAUCUCUUCGGAAUUUCGCGGCGCCCUGGUGCCAAGCGUUUAUAGAUCUAGGAAUAUUUCUCGACCGCUUUACUUGUGAUCUAGUGUGGAAAUUGUGUGGUGGUUGUCGCUCUUGUUUUUUGUUUCCCAGUUCUACGAUUGGUUUGUUGCUUGAGCCGUUGAAUUUCGUUUUCGAUGAGAUCGUGUCCCAACCUGUGUUCAAUUUGCGCACAACUUAGCUUAGUUUCUCGGGGGUACUGGAUUGUUUUGGAUAAUAUGACGCCUCUUUAACCUUCUGUGUGGUUAAGUUAUUCUCUGACCUUGCUCGCCCCGAUAUUCAAUUUGUCUCCUGAUGGCGUCUGGGGUGUGAGGGCGACGCGAAAUAAUUGAACUUUUUGUGAGUUUUGGGGACUUUGUACAGGAAUUAGUCUGAUAAGUAAAAUUAAAGUAGACAGCUUUGGAUUCGAAGCUACUCGGGCAUUUCACGAAUCAACCAAUUGUAUGAUCAAUAUUAGGAGGAAUGACUUGCUUUCCUGUCAGCAUAAUUGACUUACUUUGCUGUUAGCAUAAUUGUCAGAUUUUUGUGCUUCUAUUCUGAACUGGUUGGUUCUUCGUUUUGAUGGGUUUGCAUCCUUUAUCUGAACUCCGGAUCCUGGUGGUGCAGGGAUAUGCAGCAAGGGAGUUCGCCAAGCAAGGGGUCCAGCCUGGUGAAUUGGCCAUUAUCUCGAAGGAGGCGGUAGCACCUUAUGAACGUCCAGCUCUUAGCAAGGCAUAUCUCUUCCCUACCGGAACUGCACGGCUUCCUGGAUUUCACACGUGUGUUGGUAGCGGAGGGGAGAGAUUGCUCCCUGAGUGGUACACUGAGAAGGGUGAGGACCUAGAAAAACUCAGCUUCACAAGGAUCGAGUUGUUGCUUAACACAGAAAUAGUUAAAGCAGAUGUUCCUUCAAAGACGCUCGUAAGCGCUGCUGGGGAAACCAUCAAGUACGAAAUAUUGAUCAUUGCAACUGGUUCAACUGUGCUACGAUUGACUGACUUCGGUGUAGAAGGAGCUGAUGCCAAAAACAUUUUUUACUUGAGGGAGAUCGAUGAUGCUGAUAAGCUCGUCGAAGCAAUCAAAGCAAAGCCAAAUGGGAAAGCUGUCAUUGUUGGAGGAGGAUACAUUGGUCUUGAGCUUAGUGCAGCUUUGAAGAUCAACAACAUUGAGGUCACCAUGGUCUAUCCUGAACCCUGGUGCAUGCCUCGGCUUUUCACAGCUGGAAUAGCUGCAUUCUAUGAAGUCUACUAUUCUAACAAGGGGAUCAACAUCAUCAAGGGAACAGUCGCAUCUGGAUUCACUUCCGACUCAAAUGGAGAGGUGAAGGAAGUUAAAUUGAAGGAUGGCAGGGUGUUGGAGGCCGACAUUGUUGUUGUUGGCGUUGGGGGGAGACCACUCACAGCCUUGUUCAAGGGGCAGGUCGACGAGGAGAAGGGCGGAAUUAAGACCGAUGGAUUCUUCAAAACAAGCGUCCCUGACGUGUAUGCUGUGGGUGAUGUUGCUACUUUCCCAAUGAAGAUCUACAACGAGAUCAGGCGAGUUGAACACGUCGAUCAUGCUCGUAAAUCAGCUGAACAGGCUGUCAAGGCCAUAAUGUCAACCGAGAACAUUGAAGAAUACGAUUAUCUCCCCUACUUCUACUCGCGCGCCUUCGACCUCUCAUGGCAGUUCUACGGUGACAACGUCGGUGAAACCGUGCUUUUCGGCAACGACGACCCCAAGGCAGAGAACCCCAAGUUCGGCACAUACUGGAUCAAAGACGGGAAGAUCAUUGGAGCCUUCCUGGAAGGCGGUUCCCCCGACGAAAACAAGGCCAUUGCUAAAGUCGCCAGGGUUCAACCACCAGUUGAGAGCCUCGAUUCGCUGUCCACGGAAGGCAUUGCCUUCGCCUGCAAGAUUUGAGAGGCUGCUUCUCUUUGCAUUAUCAACAGACCGUCCUGUAUUCCCAAAUAGCUUGUCGAUUGUUUCCGAGAUCACUUCUGGGUUUCGUUUCUUCCGUUGUAUUUGUUGACAGAUAGUAUGGAGAUAUGUAUGUUCAUCUGAUUAAAGUACUGGUUUUUGCUUCAAUAAACAGGGGAA